AAAUGGCAGACACUCACUUUUUGGCCAGCUUCAGCGGUCUAUCAACCACAAUGAAGCUUGCAGCUGAAGCUGAACCCAAAGUUGGAGCUGUUGCUUGUGCUUGUGUAAUGGAAAAACACUAGCCUGGCUUGGCCUGGCCUGUCCGUUUUGUCCUACUCCGAGGAAAGGUGCUGGCCAUAUAAAAACGCGCUACCCAACCAAACGGAGCCACAUUGCCAGUGCUGCAGUUGAGCAGUCAUCAAGGUUGCAACACCCAUCCCAGCAAAAGGACCCCAGAAAUGGCGCACGUUAAUUUGCAGAUGCCGCUCAUUGCAGCAGCCACAACCAUAUUGACGAUUGUCGGCGCAACAACAAUGGCCCGGAAUGCGCCGCCAUCGAUGAUGGGCACGGGUGUAGCUGCCAGCAGCUAUGGGAACAAUGUGGCAUCAUUUUAUGACAAUCGAUGGCUGCCCAUGAGUCAGCAUCAGUCACAGUCAGCGUCAGCGGUGAGGCAGCAGCAUAAUGGAAAUCAUCAAAGCUACGGCACAGGAGAGCGUCGCAGCCAUCAAGGAGGCGGCUCGUCCUCGUCCUCUGCUUCUGCCUCGUUGGCUGGCCAUGGCCUGACGGCAGUGCUUAAUGGACUCACAAGUCUAUCGGGCUUGGGUCACAUUAGCAACGGGUACGGUUCAGUGGCGCCCACCCACACGGAGGCCCUGGCACUUGGGUCGUCCAAGCACGAGAUACCGAUUUACGAGGAACACAAUGAGGAUGCAGCCGUGGCGGCUGUUGCAGCAUCGGCCCAUGACUAUGGCAGCAGUCUGGAAAACCAUCAGCAUCAGGAGCAGGCGUCUGCUGUUUACAAUUAUCCAGCUGCAUCGCACAAUGGUGGAUUCCUGCCCGCGUUUGGCUACGGAUUCGGCGGCACUGAGCAGGGUUAUGGAUCAUGGGCAUUAUCAUCGCAGGAGGAACAGCAACAGCAGCACCAGCAUGAAUCGCAGCCGUAUGCCUACGAGAAAAUUUCAAUGGGAAAUUUCCUGCCACAUUAUGAGCAGAAUUCCGGCUAUGAUGAGCAGCAGCAGCAGCAGGAGCAGCUCUACCAGCACCAGCAGCAGCAACAGCAGCAACACCAAGAGCAGCACUCCUCCUACUUUAGUCCCCACGGAGAGACAUCCGCCUCUGGCGCGGCAUCGUCAUCGGCAUCAUCUGCAUCGAGCGGAUCUGGCGAUGACUUUGAGGAGCAUCCCGGAGAUGGCCAGGAGCAGGGCUCCAACUACUUGGCUGAGUCGCCAAGUGGUGGUCACGGUGGCCAGGGGGGUCACUCGCAUCACUCGCAUCAUGUGGAUAUCAUCAACUAUGUGCCAGUGAAGCAUGUGAAGAAGCAGCAUGUGCCCGUGGAGAAGCCCGUCAAGAUACCCAUUUCCCAUGCAGUCAUCAUACCCGUACGCAAGCCUGUGCCCAUCCACAUACCAAUCACCAAGACCAUACAGGUGCCCUACGAGAAGGAGCUGAAGGUGCCCGUGGAGCGUGUGGUGCCGGUGCCCGUGGAGAAACACAUACCCAUACCCGUGGAGAAGCAUGUGCCCUACCAUGUGGUCAAGUACGUGCCCAUUAAGGUGCCCAAGCCAUUCCCCGUGAAGGUGCCCGUCUUCAAGACAGUCCUGCACAAGGUCAAGAGCUGGUGGUAGGAUCUACAUAAAUGAAUCUCUAUCUCUACACUCAUUUGGAUUCAGUGCACACGUUUAUUUUGUUAUAAUUAUAAGCACAUUACGCAUCCCAUUCCAUUCCCUUUCCCUUUCCCAGCCCACAUUUAGCAACCAAAGCGAACAACGUUAUGCAGUUUUGAGCACUGCACUGCACAGCACAGUACAUUUCGUAUUCCAUUUUCAAUGCCGUUUUGAGUUUUAAAAUUCAUUUAAUCCUCGUGACGUUCAACAAUUUUGUGACUCAUUUAACAUUACAACAAUUUGCAUUAAAAUACAAACACGAACGGAAACAGAA